UUUGGUAAAAUAAUUCUUGUUAAGCAACAACCAGAACAGAUCAUGAUUGAUCUCUUCCAGGAGAUUACAACUCCAAAAGCUUCAAUUUUUGAGAUUCCGACGAGGCUGAGCGCAGAUCCGAGCAUUGUUGAUCUUUCGGGUGAAGGAUGUUGUUUUAAAUCCCCAUUUUUAUGGGUUUCAUCGAACUGUUUUGGAGUUGAAGAUGGAACUGUUUUGAAAACCUUCAAUCAUCUCCUUCAUAGAAAUAGAAAGGUGGAUUUCAUCGAACAGUUUAACGAAAAGCUUCUUGUGAAACAAGAGAAUGAAAAUCUUCAUAUUCUUGAUGUACGUAAUUCUGAGUUAACAGAAGUGAGUAGAACAGAAUUCAUGACACCAUCAGCAUUCAUCUUUCUAUAUGAGAAGCAGCUGUUCUUGACAUUCAGGAACAAAACAGUUGAUGUUUGGAAUUUUCGUGGGGAGCUUGUGACAUCAUUUGAAGAUCAUUUAUUAUGGCAUCCAGAUUGCAACACCAACAAUAUAUAUAUCACAAGUGAUCAGGAUCUUAUUAUUUCAUAUUGUAAAGUUGAUUUUGAUGAUCCUUUAACAGAAGGAAGUGCAGGAUCGAUCAAUAUCAGCAAUAUUCUAACAGGAAAAUGUCUAGCAGAUCCAAAGUUUCACUAUUUCAGAUAAAUUUAAUUGAUUAGCUUGGCAGUUAUUCCAUCCUAAGUCCUUCAUUUCAACCUUGGGAUUCAAACUCGAAACCAUUAUAGCAAUAUACUUAAAUAUAAAAAUAUUUUUUAUGCAUGUUUCUGUUCAACUGUGCUGAUAUAUGUGUUACAUUUUCUGGAAUCGUAGACAGUGUCAUAUUAUGGAGAAAGUGCAUUUUGGUCCUUUUAUAGAAAAAUGAAAUUUAAUAACAAAACUUUAUAAAAUAUGCAGAAAAAUAGCAUUGUACUUUAUAAAAAUAUGAUUUUUAAAUUUUUUUACAAAGGAAAGUACAAUGUUUUUGCUUUGUGACUAUGUGUUGUAAAAAAAGUUGCAACAAAUGUGACUGUUUUGCCCUUGCUCAGAAAACUAAUUCUAACUAAAAAAAUCAACAUGUAACCCUUGGUCCAAAACUACUCAAUAAUUUGCUAAUAGUCACAUUUGUUGAUUUUUAUAUACAUUUUGGUUAAACAUGAACUAUUCCUACAAAUGCGUAUUUUUUAAAAAAAAUUACCAUAAUACCCUUUUAGCUCAUAAUUGCAUUAGAAUUUGAUUUCCCAACUCUGAUGUAUUAUGAUUUUGCUGCAUACCCUAUUGUAGACUCUAAAAAUAAAAGUAUCCAUUUGGAACUUGCUACCAAGGUAAGAUUUUUACCUAUGAUAUUAUAUUGGUUGUCUCUAUUUAAGUAUACAUCUAAGGGUUAGCAUAUUCAAUUGAGUUUUAACCACCCUUAUUUGUUUGGAUUCCAUGUGUUUCUCAAUGACAAAAGACAAAAAAAUCAAUUUAUGAUCACUUUUUCAAAGUUGAAAAAUUAUUUCCAAUGAUAAACCAACCAAAUAUCUACAAAGUGCCAAAAAUUAUUAAUUAAUGUUUAAUGUCUACAUCAUUAUUGUCAUCAUCUUUGAUAAGUAUGUAGCUUUUAUUUUAUUUGUUUAUUUAUUGAAAUAGUUAAUUUAUUCAUUAUAGAUU